GAAAAAGAAGCGCCAGAUGAAAACAUCCGGCCUCAGCGCGGUAUAUGAAGUUAAAAUUUGCGAAGCUGAGAUUGUUUGCCGUAUUUAUCAGCGAGUAUGUCCCUGCUGAAGCCGUUUAGUAAACUUCCUGGUCUAAACACAGCUAGCAUCUUGCUGGUGGAGGAUGAGGAGCAGUUCCAGCAGAGUUUGGCAGAUGUCUUGGUGAAGGAGACCAAUGUUACAGUGACUGUGAGACUGGCUAAGAGUCUCCCUCUGCCCAUGGAUGAGAGCCGUCCAAGGAUUGACCUGGUGGUGUUCAUCAUCAAUCUGACCUCAGAGCUCAGUUUUCAAUCUGCAGAAGCUUCUCUGAAAUAUUUGGACCCUGGAUAUUUUCUUGGAAAAGCCUGCUUCAUGGUAACUAAUGCUCGUAAGGCUUCAGUUCCCACAGAGCGUGUGGAUGCUGUCAGAAAGUUGGCUACAUUGCUCCACUGCCCUCUACUGUUUGCAGAGGAUCAGACUUCAGAGGGUGUAAUCGGUGCAGCUGAGAGGCUUCUGACCAUCCUGAAGGUAUCAGCUGGCCUCGUUCCAAUGACGACCGCUCUUUACCUGUCAAACUUGACACGAUGCACUUUGCCGCCAGACAUCGACCAGCCAAGCUUUGACUAGCUCCUUUAAAUCGUUUGUUCGGACUGAAAACCUCUCAUGUUUAUAUUUAUUUUUAGUUAAUAAUAAUAAUGAAUUUUAUUUGUAACACACAUUUGUUAUCAAAAAUCUCAAAGUGCUACAAACAUCAAGUGGCAGAAGAUAAAAGAUGUAAAAUCCAUUUAUUAUUAAGUCAUAAGAGAACUGUCUUAACAUUUUGUCACAUUUUAAACAAAGCAGGUGAUGUUUCAAACAGACCUGUYCUGCAUGUAAAACCUGAAGCACUUUUUAAAAGUUUAACGGAAAAUUUAUUAAUUCAUUUGGUUUUAAAAGAUUCACACAAAGGCAAAUAUCAAGGGACGCACUUGGACAGAUGUAAUGUGCAGCAUCCAGACACAUCUUACUGAGAGCCAGGAGGAAGC